AUGACGAAGGGUACGCAGGCGUUCGGAAAGAAGCACAACAAGACCCACACGUUGUGCCGACGCUGCGGACGGUCUUCCUACCACAUCCAGAAGCACACUUGUGCUUCGUGCGGAUUCCCCGCGGCAAGGAAGCGCACCUAUCAAUGGUCGACCAAGUCGAUCCGUAGAAGGACAACUGGCACUGGCCGCAUGCGUCACAUGAAGACUGUCCACCAAAAGUUCAAGAACGGCUUCCGCGCCGGAGGAGUCCUAAGCCCAAGUCUGGAGCCCAGAGUAAUAUCGCCGGAAAUGCCUAAUUGUUUUUUUGUUGAUUGU